CCUGUUGCUUUCAGCAAUGUGGCUGAUGAAGAUAUGUGGUUGAAAAUGAACAAUGGUUACGUUGCGGAUCUUGAUUCACUUCAAACUACUCCCUUUCGAAAAGUUCAAUCAUUCCCAGCAAGUGAAACAACUCCUGGUUGUAUAAAUCAAAUCGAGAAGUAUGAACGAGAGGUUCAAGAGUUGAGGAGACAACUGGAACUUGGUUAUGAAAAGAUAAAUGAACUGGAGAGAAAGCAUUCAGAGGAAGUACCAUCAAGCAAGCAAUUAAUGGGUGAGAGACCUGAAGAUCAACAAGAAACACAACUAAUUCAAGAAUUGCCUCUAAGAUUAUCUGAAUCUGUGGAAAACUUCAAAGAUAGCUUUGAGGAGGUUUUAUCGGCAAUGCAGAAAAUUGCAUCUGGUGGCAAAUUGUCGACUGCGAAGAGGCUUUCAACCAUGAGUGAAAUUGGUGCACAGCUUUUUGAAACUUUGGAAGCUAACUGUAGAAUGAGUAUGAACAGUGAAAGUUCUUCCACAGGGAACCAUGCUUUAAUCCAUGAACAACAGAAAGAGUUUCACGAGAGGAUGAAUAUUAUAAUGACAUCACUGGAGUUAUCAGAGAACUCGACAACAACAGAGCAAGAGAGGAAUCCUUCGUGCAGCUGUGGAUACAAGGGCUCUGAUUUGGGAGGAGAAACUGCUUACUCAAAGAAUGAUUUAACUGAAAGAUGUGAAAGCCUAGAAAGGGAGUUACUACUUUUGAAGGAUGAAAGAGACUCUUUGCUGCUGAAGUUCUCUGAAUCAUCUGAGAAACUUGCAACGGUUUCAAGGCAAAAGGAAAAGGCUUUGCAAGAUUUAAAUACUGAAGUUCAGAGAAGGGAAAAUCUAGAAGGGGAGGUUAAGAAGUUUUCUGCAGCUUUUGCCUGUCGUCAGAAAUCACUCAUUUCCUUCCAUAGUGAAGUUAAGACCAAAUUUGAGAAAUUGAGAGCUCAGACACCAAUUCCAGUGCUCAAUUCUUUUGGUUAUUAGGACUAGUGUUUGUUAUAAACCUUGAAUAGCUUAGUGUGUUAUGUUGUUAAUGUAUUAACAUUAAAUUAAAUUUAUUACAUUAUUAUUCCA